AUGGACUCGUUUCCUUCCAGAAUACUGCUUACCACCCUUACCAUACUGGUGGUGCUCGUCCCGCCCAAUGCCGCGCUGCUGCCAUCCGUCGACAUGCAAGCAGGAGCUCUCCUGGCCUGGAAAGCUACCCUGAGCAACCAAAGCCAGCAUGCCCUCCGAUCCUGGGGAAACAUGUCAACGCUUUGCAGUUGGCGCGGCAUCAGGUGCGGUACGCGGCAGCACCGGACGAUGAUCACCAGCAUCUAUCUCCGUGGGAUGCGUCUUGGAGGGACGCUUGAGUCCCUCGACUUCUCAGCAUUGAGGAACUUGACGAGCCUCGACCUGUCCCGCAACAGCCUUGCUGGGAGCAUUUCGCCGAGUAUCGGGGUCCUCGGAGAGCUCCAUGUUCUGCUCCUGCAAGGCAACCAGAUAAGAGGCUCCAUUCCGCCCUCUUUAGCAAACCUCACAAAAUUGCAUUCUCUGAUGCUUCAUGACAACCAAAUCUCCGGUGAAAUACCAAGACAGAUAGGAAAACUGAGUAGCCUUGUGAGCCUAAACUUGUCAAGCAAUCAGUUAAUUGGUAACAUCCCUUGCGAAAUAGGCAACCUAUUGUUCUUGGGUACAUUAGAUUUAUCUAACAAUAGUCUUUCAGGUUAUAUUCCAGCUAGUAUAGGAAAUUUAACACAGUUAACAACUCUAAAUCUUUCGACUAACGAAUUCAUCGGACAUAUCCCUAAAGAAAUAAGGAAUUUAGUGGACUUAGAGCAUUUGGGACUAGGGCAGAACAAACUUACGAGAUCCAUUCCGAACAGUUUGGGGAAUUUGACAAAACUCGCGACACUGGACCUUCACGAUAACCAACUUUCUGGGAACAUCCCUGAAGAGUUAGGUUUUCUAGUGAACUUACAGGAACUGAACCUUUACAACAACACACUAAGUGGUUCCAUCCCAAAUAGUCUAGGGAAUUUGACUAAGCUCACUACUCUAUACCUUUGCUAUAACCAGUUAUCUGGAUCCAUUCCACCAGAAAUUGGUAACUUAAGAGAUCUUGUUUGGUUAACGCUAAGUUCUAACAAACUCUCUGGUGCAUUGCCGUCUGAUCUUUGUGCGGGACUCCGGCUACAAAAUUUCACCGCUUAUAACAACACGUUAGUUGGACCCUUGCCAACAAGCUUGCUAAGAUGCACAAGCCUGGUCAGAUUUCGCCUCGAACGAAAUCAGCUCGAAGGAGAUAUCUCUGAGAUGGGUUUUUAUCCGAAUCUUGUCUAUAUAGAUAUCAGUUCAAAUAAACUAUUUGGUCAACUAUCUCAUCGCUGGGGUGAGUGCUAUGGACUUUCCAUGUUCCGUGCCUCAGAUAACAGUAUCACUGGAGUCAUACCACCAAGCAUAGGGCAAUUGACUCAGCUGAGGAUAUUUGAUGUCUCGUCAAAUAAACUUGAAGGACACAUUCCUCCAGAAAUCGGCAAUAUAAUGACACUAUUCAAUUUGAGCCUCGGAAAUAACUUGCUCAAGGGAAGUAUACCGCAGGAAAUUGCAUCUCUAAGAAAUCUCGAGUAUUUGGAUUUGUCUUCAAACAACCUAAGCGGGCAGUUAGGAGGGUCUGUUGAGCACUGCUUAUUGCUUCGCCUUCUGAACUUGAGCCAUAAUCAUCUCAAUGGUAGCAUUCCUAACGAACUAGGAAUGUUGGUAAACCUACAAGGAUUGUUAGAUCUAAGUGACAAUUCAUUUGAUAGCAUGAUACCGUCUCAGUUAGGUGAUCUUAGCAUGCUUGAAGCCUUGAAUCUUUCACACAAUGCAUUGAGUGGCAGAGUUCCACCAUCAUUUCAACGAAUGAACAGCCUCUUAUACAUGGACGUGUCUUAUAACAAACUAGAAGGGCCAGUGCCAGAUAGUAGGCUCUUCGAAGAAGCUCCAACUGAAUGGUUCGUGCAUAAUACACAUUUGUGCGGUGAUGUGAAAAGUCUGCCCCCUUGUGACCACACCCAAAGUUAUCGACAAAGAAAGAAGAAAAGAGCUAUUUUACUAGCUAUAUUACCUCCCACUGUAUCUUUUCUGUUCAUCGCUGCACUAGCAACAUGGAUAUGUAAAAAGAAGAAAUCCAAGGCAGAAAGUGCAAAGGGACCGGAUCAGGUCAAGAUGUUUGGCAUCUGGAACUUUAAUGGGGAAGAUGUGUACAAGCAAAUUAUUGGUGCCACAAAAAGUUUCAGCGAUGAUCAUUGCAUUGGAACUGGAGGGAGUGGAUCUGUCUAUAGAGCCCAGCUACCAACUGGUGAAAUAUUUGCAGUGAAGAAGAUUCAUACAGUGGAAGACGAUGAGCUAUUUAAUCGUGAAAUAGAAGCUUUGAUUCCUAUUCGGCAUCGCAACAUUGUGAAGUUAUUUGGCUAUUGUUCUACUGCUCAUGAAAAAUUCCUUGUGUAUGAAUACAUGGAUAGGGGAAGCUUAGAAAAAUAUUUGAAGAGCAAGGAAACUGCAAUUCAAUUGGAUUGGACAAGAAGAUUAAAUAUCGCUAAGGAUGUAGCAAAUGCUUUGUCCUACAUGCAUCAUGAUUGCUUUGCACCGACAGUUCAUAGAGAUAUAACUAGCAGCAACAUUUUGCUUAAUUUGGAAUUCAGUGCUUGUGUAUCUGAUUUUGGUCUAGCAAAAAUACUAGAUGUGGAUGCAUCAAACUGCACAAGGCUUGCUGGGACGAAUGGUUAUCUUGCCCCAGAGCUUGCAUACUCAUCAAGGGUGACAGAGAAGUGCGACGUCUAUAGCUUUGGGGUGCUCGUGCUCGAGUUGUUCAUGGGACAUCAUCCAGGUGGUUUUCUUUCUUCCAUGGCCAACAAAAGUACACCAUUCGAGGAUUUGUUGGACAUCCGGCUCCCACUUCCUGAAGCUGAGAUCGCAAGCAAAAUAUUGGAAGUGAUCACUGUCGCUAUUCGGUGCAUAGAACCUGAUCCAUCGCACCGUCCAACAAUGCAACAAGCAAUCAAGGUGUUCUCUACAACUGAAAGACCUGACGAUCAUCUUGAUUAUCUGCAAACUGACGUUGUCAUCCCUGCCAGCUGGUUGUGA